AACCCCGCCGCUCUCCGUAGUGCUAGGCGGUAACCAUAGCAACUGCAGUACGCUGCCAGGAGUCGGAGGAGCAACAUAAAAGCAGGAAAGAGGAGGAAGAGGAGGAGGAGGAGGUGUUUAUCGGAGGUUUGUGUUAUUAAAAACACCUCGGGUUGAUUUAGUUUGUUCGUUGUUGUUCUAGUAAACAAACACAGGUCGGAAAAAUAAACAAUUUCUGAAUGUUUUUGACACCGUAAAGCGGUUAAAGUAAACCGGAACCCAGAAAAAUGUUUGAGAAGUGAGAAGUUGAAGCAAGAAACUUCCUCCACAUUUUUUAUUUUUAUUUUUAUUUUUAUUUUUAUUUUUUUAUUUUGCAAAUGGAUUCAGGAACAUUUUUACACAGAAGGAAACCGGACAUUCCCGGGAUCAGACCGAGAGCUUCAGAUGAGAACCAGCAGGUCAGUGUUAAAAGUCUUGAACUCAGUAAGGUGAUCCGUCUUCUUGAAGAUCCUUUAACGGCUCACUUGAAGGAGAGGCACCUUUUUGUACUGAAGAAACUUCUGAAGAGAAACCAGAUUGGCUUUCUUUUAAAGGAGCUGACAGACGUCGCCAGAAUACUCAACCUCUGUGCUGAGAAAGUGAAGGAUCACCCCGAGUAUGUUCCCAUUUUGUGUGAGGCGCUUCAAAUUUGUAGGCUUCCCUUCCUGAAGGAGAAAACAUCUGAUGAGCUGAAGUACGCUCAGGACGUCGUAGAGUUCCUCUCUCACCUGGGGUGUCUGAUGAGGGUGUCAGAUGCUGAAGUGAGACAGCAGAUAGUUGAGUCAGUGAAAUCAUUCUACAGCUGUGUGACCCCUAAACAGCUGCUCCAUGGUACGGACCGUCUCUCCAAGUCAAAGCCUCGGACUUUCCCCUCUGACAACCGAUUUUCUAGACUUUCACUAAGGCUCCAGCCAACCUCUCCGGGCUACAGGCUGCAGCUCCUGGAGCAGAGUGACCUCGCUCAGACUCUGCUCCUCUCCAUGGCCGCUCUGGAGAACCAGCCCUCCAUCAAGCUGCAGCUCCUGCAGACACUUCAGAUCCUCUCCACCUCCUCUGAUAAGAACUGUGCGUUAAUACUGAACGCACAAGGAGCAGAGACAAUCUGUCUCCACAUGAACGAGCCCGACCCGUCCGGUCAGGUCCUGUUCCGCUCCUGCGUAAUCCUCUGGAACCUGCUGGAGAGAGGCAGCAAGGAGGAGGUCAUUGCACAGCUCAGCAGCAUGGAGUGUGUCAUAUCUCUGAAAGAAGCAUUUCUUCACCAGCUGAUGAACGGCUUACGACACUCUGACCUCCAACUCACAACCGACCUGCUCGUGAUCACAACUCUCAUCGCUGAAAAUCCCAGCUCUCUGCUUAUUGAGAGUUUAUUUGCCAAACAGCUCGUUGUUCUCGUCACAUUUCCAGAGGUGAGAAGUCACAACCCUUUGGUGCACAACCUCGAGCUCAGCUUCAGUAACGAAGACUUGAACAUGAAGCGGUUGCUCCUGAAUCUGUUGGUUUUAAUGUCAAAGGACUUAGCAGCCCUGCGGCUCUAUAAAGAGGAAAGAGUCAUGCUGGCUCUGCUGACACUUGCAAAGGCGCCUGCUGCCUCGUCUGAGAGCAGGUCAGGUUCACGUCGCUGGUCCUCUGUCCAGCAGGAGGAGCUCCAGCUGCAGGCGCUGGCCACCCUGGCCACUGUCGCUCCACUAAUGUUGGAUGACUACAUGUCCUGUCAGGGAAACACGUGUAUGCUGGUCCUGCUGGACUGGUGCGUCAAGCAAGAUUCUUACUUUGGUCAGGGCAACAGCUUCCAUGGCACAGGAGGAAGAGGCAGUAAGAAGGCUCAGAUGCGGUAUUGUAUCAGAGUGCUGAGAUCUAUGACAUCUUUAGGCGAAGACUCAGUCAACCAGGACCUUUGUGAUCAAGGAACCAUCAGCCAGCUUUUGGGCAUUUUGAUGCAGAUGGAAGCAAGUCCUGAUGAGGAGGAUGUCGUCAUCCUGGAGAUAAAGUCAGACAUUCAACUGAUCCUUUCACUGCUGUGUGAGAGCGACAUGCACAGAAAGGAACUGUUCGGAUCAGAGGGAGUUGAGAUGGCAGUUCACUUCCUGAGGAAAGGCUCCAACAAGUUCUACAGCGGUCUGGGACACAACAAGCUCAUCCUCUCCACAGUGGACUGUGUGCGGUCCUGUAUUGUGGGCUGCUACACCACUGAAGAUUACUUCUUGGCUAAAGAUGGAGUGUUUCUUCUGUUGGACUUGCUCUAUUCGAGCCCCAGAUGCGUACACUGCAUAAUCCUGUCCACCCUGGUGGAGUUAUGUGACAACCCGAACACUCUGUCUCACAUCCUGAGCUGGAAGGACGACGGUGGUCAGAUGGCUCCUGGACUCCUGCUGCAGCUGUGGAGGGAGGAGGAGGAGGAGCUGGAAGUCAGACGAAACCGACACGGAGUGAUCGCAGAUCCCCAGAGGCCCAUUCUCAGUCUUCACCAGCAGGACGCCACCCAACUGUCAUUUCCUGCCAAAGUACCAAGUGCAGCAGUGCUGGAGUUGUCAGAGAACCUGCGGUCAAAGAUUUACUUUAUCUUCUGCAAACUUGGUUUUCAAGACCUUCCUGGAUUGUCAACACAACAUUAUGUGACCUUGAGCAUCGUCAGGAGAUAUAUGGACUUUAAGGUUGGUGAGGUUUGGGACGAGAUCAGCAGGGAACUGAGUUUGGACGGCGUGAGGCCGAUCACCCCUGAUGAGGAGGCUCUGAGCACUAUCUGUAAGAUUGCAGAGGACACAGCGAGGAGGGUCGCAGCCGAACAGAACAGCAUCCUGGAGCUACAGGAGAAGGACGAAAUCGGAGAGGAGGAGCUCAUGUACACAGAGAUUAAAUCUCACUGGAAGCAACAGGAGCUCACAGCCAAGUCGUGGGACAGUUACGUUUCCAGGACGUCAAACUACGAGAUCCUGAAGGAAGUAAAAGCACAGAGGGAGAAACACAUUGAAUCAUCCCGACCCAAACCAAAGCACGAGGACGCUGCAGUCCAGCCUAAAGAGCAUUUCAUCGGGCGUGUCAUAUCUGUAGAGACCACAGGUGCUCCGGGACCUGCAGGAGUGAAACUGACGCUGGCCACAACUCCCAUCAAGGCUGCAGGUCAGGACGAAGUGGGACCGACAGCACAGGACCCAGAAUACUUCAGCACUGUAUCUGUAAAAGACUGAAUUCCACAAAGAUUCUGGUCUAAUGCAACCUCUUUAUACCUUUUAUUUUAUCUUAAAGAUUUUAAUGUGCAACAACACAGAACUUUACAGACCAAACAGUGCAGCACAUUUACAUGUUUAUCAUUAAUAGUUGUUUAUUUUCUAAUAGCCGAUUCAUUCCCAGCAUCUCUGCAUAUUGAAGUGUUUUAUUUGACUUUGGCAGCAAAUGCAGACAUGAGGUCAGUGGAUGUGCACAAUCAGCACCUUGUUGUCUAGUCCACCUCCAGUCCCCCUCAUAUACACACACACACACACACACACACACACACACACACACACACACACACACACACACACACAGUAUAGUUAACUGACUGGCCUUUGUGACCUAACAUGUCUUAUUUUAGUACACUAACUGUUAAAAUGGAUGUAUAAUAGUAAAUAAAACAACAUGCAUGUAUUCACAUUUUUUUCGGAUGGAAAGUUUAGUUAAGAUGAAAAGUAAUGAAAGAAUUUGAUUUGUAUAUCUUUUGUUACCAAUAUUUACGUCAUUAAACCUAUAAUUUAGAUACGCUCCUAUGCAUUAAUUAUUUAUUCUUUUAUAUAAACAAUGAAGCAAGGUGAACAGUGAGACCCUCAACAAUCAGUUGGGCAUCAUGGAGACUUAUGUAACAUCAAAAUAAUAAACACCUAAUUACUUUAAACAUUAAAAAAUAACCUGUCUAAUCUAAUUAAAGGUUAAAGCUUCUGCCAAAGGCUACAGCCCGUUGUGUUCAGUAGCUGUGGCACCCAGAAGGUCCAUUUAGGACAAUUGUUAAACAGUAUUUUCUCUAGAGUCUUUUUGGGUUAUGUAAGUCACUGCAAUGCAUUAACACACAUGUUCCUUCAAGCGUGCAACAUGCUGCACAGAGGCACUUCUUCUUCUUCUUCUCUCCGCUCUCAUUCAUUUUACUGGCUGGAUGACCAAAUCAUCCCUGACAGGCCUCUGCUUUUCAUGCAGCUUUGUGAGUGAUGUGACUGUGAGUGUGUGUUGAGCCGGACUGAGCCCGUUGAGCCCGUCAGACUGGGAGAUUCACGCUGCACAAAAGAUCGGGGACACACAGGAGCCUCUUCAGUACGACAGGCUGGCCACUGUUUGUUCAGGCUGCUGAGGGGCUUCACAUGCUGUCUGUCUGCGGGUGCUGCAGCCGUCGAUGAAGGUCAGGGUGCUUUCGGAUCAACUCCCAGAGUCAAACUGAAGGCGGUUGGCUCGCCUGAGAAGCUCCAGCAGCAGAAAUGAUCAUCAGACUGGGAAGACUGACACCAGGAUACUUCCGUCUCCUCCAGAGGCAGGUCUCAGGUGAGGUCCGGAUGCAGCCACAGAGCAGUCUCAUCGAUCCCAUCGCCAUGACGAUGGCCACAGUGGGGAUGGGAGUGUCUCUGUACAGCGCCAGGCGGAUGGCAGAGAGGGUUCAGCUGAAGCAUCCAAACGCCUGAGCUCAAUGACAAAUACUCAGGCCGCCGCCCAUCAGAGCGGCUCUGUGGGCGGUUUCAUGUGACAGACUGUUUGUGUACGUCAGAGAAGGUUUGUGAUGGAGGAGGAUGAGAGGGUUCACGUGUUUGUGGUGUUGCUUGAAGGAAAAUCUAUGUGUCCCAGGAGGAAAAUGUGUGUCAUUGUUCAGUCCCAGCAGGAAAGAUUCGUCAAACAAUUUACACCUUCUUUGCAAUCUCAACGUUUCUAAGCACAUACUAGUGAGCCUGUAGUUUGACCACUCUGCAUGUUUCAUCAGAGAUAUCAGCAUAUCAUCUGUCAACAAGGAUCUCAGCUUUAUAGUUUGACGUGCAGUCGUUAUUAUUUCCUGCAUUUUAUAGUACAACAAAACACGAACAUGAACAUAACGACAGAAAAUGUAAAAAUGAUAAUUAUGUAGGAAAUUCUGUCAGCAAACAAACUUAUUGUAUUUAUUGCUAUUAGUCACAAACGUGCACUUUGUUGUGUUAUACAGCACCUUAAUGUUUUGAAUUUAGAUUGCACAUCCUAAAGCAGCGUCAACCCAUUGAUUAUUUAUUAUUCAAAGGACCAGUGUGUAGGACUUAGUGGCAUCUAGUGGUGAAGUUGCAGACAGCAACUGAACACAGCUUGCGUAUCUAAUUUGGCAACAUGGGCUGUUAAGUGUGUAGGAGAAACUAAGGUGGUUGCAAAACCCAAUCUACAGCCAGUGUUUGGUUUGUCUGUUCUGGGCUACUGUAGAAACAUGGUGGUAGAACAUGGCGGACUCCAUGGAAGGCGACCUUUAGAGUCUGUAGAUUUAAAAAAAAACAGCUCAUUCUAAGUUAACAAAAACACAAUAAUUCUUAAAUUCAGGUGAUUAUACACCAAUCAAAACAUAUCCAUGAAUGUUAUAGUCCAUUUCUGCUAAUAGAGCCUCCUAAAUGUUACACACUGGACCUUUAAUAAGCAGAGAAAAGCUGUUUGCUAAAUUAAAUUUCAUAUUUGUACAAGAACUUAAUAAAGGAAAUGUCUUUAAAUGUAAAAUGCCACUAUAAGACAUUCGUAUGUAGUAACACAAGUGGUAUUUUGAUGUAAUUCUCAAAUAAAAAUGGUUACAGUUUUGA